AUGGAAGUAUACAUUGACGAUAUGUUGGUCAAGUCUCUAGAUUUAGAGGACCAUCUGAAGCAUUUGCAGGAAACCUUUAAGAUCCUCAGGAAGUACAGCAUGAAGUUGAAUCCGGAAAAGUGCACCUUCGGGGUUGGUUCCGGUAAGUUCCUUGGUUUCUUGGUGUCAAAUAGAGGGAUCAAACUUAAUCCAGACAAAAUUAAAGCAAUAGAGGAUAUCCCGGAGGUGCUGGAAGAUGCAAAGGUCAUGAAAGAUGAAAGAAUGCAAAGGUACUCAGACAAAAUACAAGUAUUAUUGCGCUAUUUCAAGGAAGGGACGUUAGAGCAUGUGUCGCGAGAACACAACGCGGAAGCCGAUGAUUUGGAAAAUUUGAUGUCGUCAACUGAUGCCAGAGGGAUUAACUCUAAUAACGCAGUGCAAUUGCUAAAUUUAGUAUUAGAUUCUAGCCAUGACAAACAUCCAAGUGCAAACGGUCAAGCUCAGUCAACUUACAAAACGAUUGUGCAAAGUUUGAGGAAAAGGUUAGAGUCAGCAAAAAGUAGAUGGAGAGAAGUAUUACCACAAGAGUUUUGGGCUCAUCGAACAAUAACAAAGUCAAGUACCAGUGAAACUCCAUUCUCAUUAGUUUACGGAGCUGAAGCUUUGAUUCUGGUGGAGAUAUGGAAGCCAAGUUUACGUUACAGUCAUGCGAAUGAAAAAGAUAAUAGUGAAGCAUUGUCAGUCAACUUGGAUCCGUUGGAAGAAUACCGUGAAACGGCUUUGCUCCGAAUUGUAGCAUAA